AUGAAGAUACAAUUAAUAGCCAGUUCUUCGUGUAAGAUAAUCAAAAGCCUCUGUACACAUAGAUAUACACCACAUCAAUUGUAUUGUACAGAAAAUAAUAUUGCUUCCAAACCACCAUGGAAUAUUUUAUUUUUUGGUUCAGAUAAAUUUGCUUUGGAGACAUUACAGUUAUUAAAUGAAAACAGAAUUAAUAAUGAACAUCAACUAGUGAAGAAUAUUGAAGUUGUAGCGACACAAAGAACUGAUAUAAGAAAAUAUGCUGUAGAAAAAAAGCUAAAAGUACAUGAUUGGCCAGUGACUGUGAAUGCAGGACAAUAUGACGUUGGUGUUCUGGUGUCUUUUGGACAUCUUAUACCAGCUGCACUAAUAAAUAGUUUUCCAUAUGGAAUAUUAAAUGUACAUGCCAGUUUAUUACCAAGAUGGAGAGGUCCAGCACCUAUUGUUCAUACAAUAUUAAAUAAUGAUAAAUAUACUGGUGUAACUAUCAUGAAAAUCAAACCAAAACAUUUUGAUACUGGUGAAAUAUUACUACAGAAGAAAAUAGCAGUACCAGAAAAAGUUACUUACCCUUAUUUACAUGAUGUAUUGGCAAAAGAGGGAGCCAGUUUACUAGUAGAUAGUCUUAAAGAUCUGCCCAAUUUAAUUAAACAAGACUUGAAGCCUGAUUUAGAAGUGACUCAAGCCAAGAAAAUCAAAGAAAGUUUUGGAAAUUUGAAUUGGAAUGAUACUUGUGAAAAUAUUUAUACUGUUUAUAGAACUUUGUUGAGUUUGAAACCAGUUUACACAAAAUUAAAUGGUUUAAAAGUUUAUUUAUUUGAUAUGAUUGAUCCAACAUUAACAAAAGAUCACAUUCAGAAGGAGAAAUUUGAAGCAUUGCCUGUAGGAACUGUUCGAUGGGCAAAACAAGGAAAUGUCUUGUUAGUGAAAUGUAAGGAUGGACUAGUUGGUUUUAAAGGUAUUCAAGUCAAAAAGAAAUCAUUACCAAGUGUUUUUUAUGGUUUGUACUUAAAAGGAAAAGACCAUGUUGCAUUCGAUUCUGACAGUUGA